AUGCGCUGCCGCGGCCGCUGUUUCUCGUCCGCCAACGGCACCCAGGGAAACCCCGUCGUCCACCAAGAGGCCAGCCAGCUCGGCUGUACGUGGUACUUUUGUCCUGCCCACAGGCAGUUCCAUGCUGUAUUCCUCUUCCCCGGCGGCCCCCAGCCCUUGUGCGGCGAGUGUGCCGUCUUGUUCUUUGACAGGGCGCAUCAUGCCGUCUGGGUGCGGCAAUACGAUCUCGACGCCGUCAUGUCCAACUCGCUCGAGAUGGUCGACAACGCCAGAGCCGACUUUGACGCCCUGCUCGCCGAGAUCGAACAAGUCCGACAGCAUCUCCCCUGA